AGAAGUUACUAAAGACUCCAGACUCUGAGACCGGAGGACAAGAACAGCAGAGAAGUGAAAUCAUCUCAGGGCCAUACGAAAUCCUCCAGAAGCUCCACAGGACAGAACAGAGAUCAGUAGGGAGAAUUAGAAAAACGUUCAAGCUCUUAGAGUUCAGUGGUGUGUUUUGUCCCGCUGCUGCUAUGAGCAGGGUGUUGAUUCUGUCGGUGCUCCUGCUGUCCCUGAGCUGGUGCAGAUGUGCCGUCAUCACAGGGGCAUGUGACAGGGAUGUGCAGUGUGGAGUUGGUCUGUGCUGUGCUGUGAGUCUGUGGCUCAGGGGUCUCCGGAUGUGCACACCACAGGGGCUGGAAGGAGACGAAUGCCACCCGUACAGCCACAAGGUUCCUUUCCCUGGUAAAAGACAACAUCACACUUGCCCCUGCCUGCCACAUCUGGUCUGCACCAGGUACAACGACAACAGAUAUCGCUGUACCAGUGACUUCAAAAACAUAGACUUUUAACACUGGAAACGUGUGAGAAAGAGACAGAUGAAGGUGCGGAAUACUUGAAAAGGAACAGCAGAAGAAGAUUCAUAACAAGUGCCAUAACACCUUUCUGGUCAGCUUCAUUUUUCACUCUCAUGCACUUUUGCACUACAAAAAUAAUACAUUAUCCAUCAUGGCACAAGGUCUGCCUCAGAAUCUCUGGUUUACCUUGGCAUCCACCACACUUGAUAGUAAAAAAGUUUCAUCACCUUUACGUGAGAAAACAUGCAGACAGACAUCUUGUAAGGAAUGUGCUUAGGCGUGAAUUUUCUUCAAUAUGCUUUGAAUUUGUUGAAAGCUUUAUUAUGGUAAUUAAAAUAUUAUCAGUCUG